AUGUGCGCCAACGUGGUUUCGAUGGACCUUCUCGAGUUUCUCCUGACCAGCCCCAACGUCUUUCAGUCCUUGCCCCUUCCACAGAAACAAGAAAUAGUGAGCAAACGGCCGACACCGAACAUCGACCUUUCCAGCAACGACGAAGAAGGCAUCAUCCACUUCGACGUGGAAUGGUAUUCGGCCUACGACUGGCUCACCGGAAGCCGGCAGAGGAAGAAACUCUACUGUUUCAUCUGCCUGGUCAUUGGGCAGUGCACUCAAGUGGCCGAUUUGUUUUCUUCUCUCAAGAACUUCCACAAGAAGGCGCAUGCUCACGAGACCUCGAAGGGCCACGUGCAGUGCUCGGAGAAAUUCGUCCGGAUACUCACGUACAACAAAAAGGUAAAUCCGAUCGAGUUUGUCCAGGCGAAAGACUUUUUUAAAAUUAGAAGAAACCUUUUUAAAAAAUUCGUUCGCUUCUUGGCUUUGACGAACAAGACCAAGUUUCUUCAACUGAUACCUGUGUAUACAGACUGUUUCAAAGAUAGUGUUGAUUUUUUAGCCAAUAACGACAUCCACUUCCCAUACGAUUGGGAAAAUCAUUUAAAAUCCGUUACGAACAACGACGCUCAGAACGAGAUACUGGACCUUCUUCACGAAGGCGUCAAAGAACACAUCCGCCAUGAAAUCGCCAAUUGCGAUUUCGUGUCAGUCCAAGUGGACGACAUGUCCGAGUACACCUCCAGGCCGACGUUUAGCAUUCUCUUCAGGUAUCUUGUCAACUAUAAAGUCGUCGAAAGAUUCGCUGGGUUUUUCGAGAUUCCCAAAGACCAGUCGGAGUUGUAUUUCUGCGAGACUGUCCUAAACCUCAUCAAGGAUUGGGGCGCGGAAGACAAAUUGGUUUGCGUCUCUAACGACAGCAAGGCGACAAAAUUGACGAGCAACAAGCUCCAGGAGAGAAACAUCCUCUGGCUCCACAGCGCCAACUAUAACCUUAAUUUAGUCCUUCUUAAAGUCGCUUUCGACCACCCCGACGUGAGGGAGUUCGCCGGUUUUGUCGCGACGAUAGCCUCCUUCUUCAGCGACGUCAAGAGAGAUAUGAGACUCAGGGCCGAGGGGUAUCCCGUCCCCAGGGAAUUCACCGAACCCGGCGCCUCGUUGGAAACUUAUAUCUGGAUAAUAAAAACAAAGUUCACCCAGUUGGAUUCAGCGAUAGUGUACAUUUUAGAAAGUGGCAACUGGGACCUGGAAACGACCUGCAUGGCCAAAUUCAUCUACGACAUAAUGCAAUCCGACGUAUUCGUCUAUCUCCUUUGCCUUUUUUCGAGGACGUUUAUCAUUUCUGACCAUGUAAGUUGCGUGAUGAGAAUAAUAUCGUUCAAAAAUUUGAAAAUGUGCGCAGACGAGAUCAAUCAGUUUUUUACCAACAUCAAAGAUAUACAGAGCCCGAGCUCGCUGCGAAAAAUACACGUCGAGAGCGUGAAGAUGCGGGAGAGGAAGAACACCCAGCCGAAGCAGGUCGUCCUGAACAAGCUCACCGAAGAAAUCAUCCGCCUCAUGCAGCAAGAACUCGGUUCGAUGUUUUUCGAUCAUUCCAAACUGAAAUUUUUCCAGCUCCUCGACGAACAGAAAUUCGAGACGUUCGGCAAAGCCUUCCCUUACGACAAUCUGAUGGAUCUCACCGCUCUGUACUCGUUUUUCGACGAGGAGAGGCUGGAAACCGAGCUGGCCGUCAUUUACGAAGACAACACGAAGCGGGUGCCGGCGAGGGACCUCUAUCUCUACAUUGUCGAAAACGGUCUGGUGUCCAUUUACCCGCAGACGUUGAAGCUCAUCGGCCUUUUCCUCACCCUACCGGUCUACGUGGCGGAGGAGAACGCAGAGAAAAGGACGUACGAAAGAAUUAAAAAAUUCGCGAAAUGCUACGCCACCCUAGAACACUUCUCCAGGCAAGGUAUGCUUUUAAUCGAAGACGCCCUACUCAUGGAACUGCUCAAUAACGAGGACAUCAUGGAUACAUUUGUCGAUGCAUACUGUCAAAAUCAUAACCUAUUUCAUCCCGUCUGA